AUGAAGCAGUGCUCUGAGGUGGAUUUCGAGGUUCGAUGGCUGCCCUUUCAACUGGAUCCCGCCGCAUCUGAGAAGGCGUCUAGUCGCAUGGAGGCUUAUGCAAAGAAGUUCGGCAAGGGGAAGGAAGAGGUGAAGCAGAUGGGAGCAUGGAUGAAAUCCAAGUUCGAUGCCGCAGAAUUGCCCUACAACUUCACAGAGUCUGCUUUGGUGAGCAACACAUUUGAUGCCCAUCGCGUGCUGACAGCGGCUUACAAGCAUGGCGGGGCUGCAGCGCAGGACAAGGCGGCCGAAGCCUUGUUCCAUUCGUACUUUGCAAAAGAGAAGGCGCCCAACGACCCAGAGGAGCUGAAGGAGGCCGCCAAGGCCGCGGGCCUGGAUGCCACAGCCUUGAUGGACAAAAGCUAUGUGGCAUCUGAGACUCAGGAGGAAAUGAAAGUGGGCAAGAAGCUUGGAGUGCGGGGCGUCCCACACUUUGUGAUCCGGACCGAAGGGUCCAGGAGCGAGGAGAUCUCAGGUGCCCAGCCAUCUGAGGCGUUCCUCAGCGUUUUUCAGUCCAUGACUCGCUAG